AUGUGCACUGCUAAGGAGUGUACCAAAGAAUUCACAUCUAUCGACGAUUGGCGUAUCCACGUGGAAGACUAUUCCUUCGAUGCCGGGCGCAUAUGUCUCUACGAUAGCUGCGGUGAAUUCUUCUCAGCCAGCUCCAAUGAGUCGCUUGCCCAUGGGUCUCAUCUCUACCUCAAGCAUCAUGUCGAAUCGUGCCGCACGGAAGAACUGAGUAAAGUCUUUAUCGAUAAGAACUUUUGCUCUGUUGCGGAAGGAAGGAUGUGGUGCUCUCCUUGUCGCGAAUUGCUGGAAUUGGACAACCGUGCGGAGGUCCUCGACCAUUUCCAAGGGCAUAUCCAGGAUGGGUCUCAAUUCAAGAUCCCUGGGCAAACGAAAUAUCCAGACACCAACCGAGCGAGGCAGGCAGAAGUUGAACCAUCGGCCAGAUCCGCGAACGAAGGCAAAGAUGAUGUUGUCGAUCUUACUGGGCGCGGAAUUCUUGUUUACUGUGUGGAUGACUAG